CACACACACCAGCAGCUGUACCAUGUGCAUAACUCACACACACAUACACAUACACACACACACACACCAGCAGCCGUGCUAUGUGCAUUGGCCAACACAAAUGGAGCUAUUUCAGAGGAGGUUAGAUGCACAGGGGCACCAACAAAUGAAGGCGGUUAAAAGUUUGCAUAAAUAAUCCGUAACACCCUGGUUACCCAGACCUCCGUCUCCAAGGAUACACACCAGAUCAGAAUCCAAUGUGCCUGACAACCAAUACCUGUCUGACAGUGAUUAAACUAAAAAUGGUACACGCAGUCAUUCUGUGAUCUGCACAGUAUAUCAGAAUGACUAUAAUAUGCAACUACGAUGUAUGCAACUUAACUGACAAAAUGUCUUCUUUUCAAGUUUAGUCAACGAUUUAGGAAAUGUUUGAUGAUUAUGAGCUCCGAGCCUCUACUAUCUUCCUGGCAGUUCUGACACACAGGGUCUUGGUAUUCAGGUGCUGUACAGUAUGUAGCAGAGAACCACUGGAGGCAGAUAACCCUGAGGGCAGGUGAGUCAAUGCAGGGGUCAGUGAACAGGCUAGGGGUCAGGUGAGGCCAGCCUGUUGUGAUGGCCCAGGUGAGGAUCAAGUGCGGCCAUGUCUAGUCAACGGGAAAGUGACCUUGGAAAAAAGCCUGACCCUUCAGCUGGCACUGUAUUUGUUUAAAAAUCUAAUUUUAUCCCUCCUGUGUGUGUGUGUGUGUGUAUUUGCAUGUGUGUGUGUGCGUGUGUGUGUGUGUGUUCAACAAAUGGAUAUAAAAGAGGGUGCAGCAGGGCUGAGGAGUUGUAGAUAGAAGGAUGAUGAAGUUUGUGGUCCUCGCUGUUCUGGUUGCUGGAGCCUACGGUUGUGGGCUGCCCACAUUCCCCCCUGUAGUGACGAGGGUGGUGGGAGGAGUGGAUGCCAGAGCCCACAGCUGGCCCUGGCAGAUCUCUCUGCAAUACACCAGAAAUGGCAACUGGUACCACACCUGUGGAGGAACCCUCAUCUCUGCUGACUGGGUCCUCACUGCUGCCCACUGCAUCAGCAGCAACACCUACCGUGUGGCCCUGGGGAAACACGAUCUGACAGUGACCGAGGAGGCCGCUCAGUUCAUCAACGCCGGACAGAUCAUUGUUCACGAGAAGUGGAACCCCUUCUUCAUCCGUAAUGACAUUGCCCUGAUCAAACUGGAGACGCCCAUCACUGUCUCUGACACCAUCAUGCCCGCCUGUCUGCCUGAGGCCGGAUUCCUUCUGCCCAACAAUGCACCUUGCUACGUCACCGGCUGGGGACGCGUCUACACCGGCGGUCCCAUCGCUGAUAUCCUGCAGCAGGCUCUGCUGCCCGUGGUGGACUACGCCACCUGCUCCAGGUACGACUGGUGGGGCAGCCAGGUCAAGGACACCAUGGUGUGUGCAGGUGGAGAUGGGGUUGUGUCCGGCUGCAACGGUGACUCCGGAGGCCCCCUGAACUGCCAGAACGCUGACGGAGCCUGGGAGGUGCACGGAAUCGUCAGCUUUGGAUCCGGACUCAGCUGCAACUUAGCCAAGAAGCCCACCGUCUUCACACAAGUCAGCUCCUACAUGGACUGGAUCAGUGCCCAAAUGGUGUACUACUGAGCAGAAUCGCUUCUGGACCAGAACCAUCAGCAUGUUCUGGAAACAGCAAAUAAAGCUGCAGUUGAACUCAA